CGCUGACGACGGUGUGUGUGGAAAUCCCGAGAGAAAUACUGUAGUCAUCCAAGUUUUUCUUUAUCUGGGAUGAGACAGGAAGCUGCUCACGGAAGAGAAGUACACGUCCUAGCAUGGAUUCUGCAAACUUAAAGGAUUUCUUAUGACAUGGGUUGCGGAAGUAGUUCGCAGUCUGAAGCAGAACCACAGAAGCCGAGGCUCCUUGUCGAGCGCGCAGAGUCUGUUGAUCGUCAUGGAAAUGGCAGCGUACCUUCUGCAAGGAAAAAUGGCGGUAUUGUCAACAAUAAUGUCCCAAAAACAGCACUAACACACCUACGAGCAGUCGAGGAUGAAGAGUUACACAUUUCCAAUCCAGAUGAUGUUCAGCUAAUAUUGGACAACCUUCAAGACGGUGAGCUCUUCUGCGACCCAGACUUUACCCCAGGUUACUCAGCACUUUUCUGCACAGCUGGUCACAGUGAUGGUGGUAUCAUGUGGCUUAGACCUCAGGAGCUUCUAGAGGAAGGACAAAUUCCAGAAUUGAUGGUGGAUGGAGUGACACGAGAUGACAUAAAGCAGGGCAUUCUGGGAGAUUGCUGGUUUCUUUCUUCGUGUGCUGCAGUUUCACAAAAUGAGGCAUGCAUGAGGAAGGUUCUACCCAGUAAUCAAAAAUUGUGUGGUGAGAACUAUAAGGGUGUUGUGUGCUUUAAUUUUUGGCGGUUUGGAGAGUGGCGCCCAGUGCAUAUUGAUGACCGUCUACCAUGUAUAGACAAGAAGCUCAUUUAUGGACAUAGCAGUGACCCCAGAGAGUAUUGGGUAGCACUUAUCGAGAAAGCUUAUGCAAAGCUUCAUGGAAGUUAUGAGGCUGUUGAAGGUGGUAUAACAAUGGAUGCCCUGGUAGACUUGACUGGAGGCUUAGCAGAGCGAUAUGAUGUCAAAGAAUAUGACCCUACCAUAUAUCAUCUUAUUCUUCAUGCUCAUAGAUCUGGUGCUUUCAUUGCCUGUGCCAAAAAGGGUGAUUGGAGAACCAGCAUGAAUGCUGAGGGAAAUGGACUAGUACCUGGACAUGCCUACACUGUCACAGGUGUUACAAAGAUUCAACAUGAGAUGGGAGAAGAAAAGUUGCUGCGCUUACGGAAUCCAUGGGGAGACUCGACCGAGUGGAGAGGGUCGUGGAGUGAUAACGAUGUUAACUGGCAGUGGGUGGAUGAGGCAACAAAGCAGAAGAUUCAGGUGGACUCCCGUGAUGAUGGAGAGUUUUGGAUAGCAUUCCGGGACUUUUGCCACCAUUUUCAGGAAGUGACCAUCUGUUUGUUGGGUCCAGACUUUGAUGGCGAUGGUGUUUCUGAUGCUGUGGGUCACAUGGAGACCAUUAUUGGGGAAUGGGUGAUUGGAGAGUCUGCUGGAGGUUCAAGAAACAACUUGGAGAUGUUUGCCACUAACCCUCAGUUUCUGCUCACUCUGCGUGAAGCAGACAAGUUCAACUUCGAAACUGAUGAUGCAGAAUUUGAAGGCAAAUGCAUCAUUGUUAUAUCCCUCAUGCAAGAAAUAAAGCAAACAUUGCGUCGAUCCAGACCCAAGAGUCUGCAAAUUGGUUUCAGCAUCUACAAGACAAAUACACCAGAGAGGAAACUGCCAUCUCGACACUUCCGAUACAACCCAGAUUGUGGAAAAAAUGGUGUAUACAUCAAUUUUCGUGAAGUCAGUGGGCGAUUUGAGCUGGAACCUGGAACCUACAUCAUUAUUCCAUCCACAUUUCACCCCAACUAUGCUGCAACUUUCAUGCUCAGGGUGUUUGGAGAAAAACCCUUCUCACUUUCAGGACCUCUGCCACCCUGAAGUCAUCAUCAAAGCUGGAAGCUGAAAAGAAUUUGCUUUGCACAAAUGUAGUCUCCUUCAAAUAGGCUUUGGUAUUUGAGACAGUGAUAUCAUUAAUUCUUCUUGGAAAUACUGGAAAGAAAAUCUAUAAAUUUUAUCUAAUGGUAUGACCACUUUAGUAUUACCUUCUCUUGCCAACCAGUGGCAUUUAGAUACAAACUGCUGAGCGCCAACCGCCCCACCUCCGCCCACCAAACUUAGUAUUCAGCAAGUCUCCUGAAGAAGUGACUGCUCAGAUUAUUUUCUAAAAUUCUGACAAGUGUUGAAGAUUGUGAAAGUUGUUUUCUAAUUUUCUGUGAUAAUCCUUUUUUUCCUUUUUGCAUUAUGUAAUAUAUAAUAUUACCAGUUGUUCAUGUUGAAUGAUUAUGGUGGUGGGUAUAAAUAAGCAUUCUUGUGAUAACAUUUGUUGAAUGGUGCAAGUUUUAUUAAAUGGACAGCUAGUCUUUUGUUAUGAAGAUGUUAAUUGUUGACUGACUAUGUGCAAUGUCAGUUUCUGUCAGCCAAAGUGAAAUCAAGAAACUAUUUUCAUAACUGACGACAGUGUGAAAUGUGCACCAAUAUUUUACAUGGUACUUAUAAACCCUUUGACAUAUCCUUAACUCAACAUUUCAAAUUCUGUACUGUAAUUGUGUACUUUUCACUACAUGUAUAGUGUAUGAUGUCAGGGACGAUUGUGAUUCUCAUUGUAUUUUCUUUUUGCAUGCAGGUCACAAUACUACAGCUAUUUUUUUUUUACAUAAAUAACAAUACUUUAGGAUUAAUAUUAUUGAUAAUGCACCAGAUAAUAAAAACUUCCUUAAAACAAAAGAAAAAGUAAGCAGUAUUUCUGCAUAAAUUAUAAAAUGUGAUCAAAUUUGAAAAAAAAAUACAAAAAUAUCUUGAUAUAAAAUAUUUCACUGCUGAAAUUUAGAAUUACCAAACUGCUUUCCAGACUUACAGCAUUCCUGAUCCCCUCUCAGAAAUGAAAUUGUUCUGAAAUUGGCAAAGUACGCAGAUAAGCUGAAUAGUUUCUUUUGUCGCUUUGACUGCCAUGAUUUUAGAUGAUAGAAAUAAGCUGAAAGGUUCUUAUUAGUGUUUCAAAAGAUGAAAGUGGAGAGGGGGAUUUAAUGUCUUUUCAGAAGAGUAGGUGUGCUGACAACUUCUUAAAAUGCGCACUCAAAAGGUAUCUGGUCCUGGCAAAGUAGAACCUGCUAUCCCAAGGAACUGUGCUGACCAACUCGCCAAAAUUUUAUGUAGUAUUUUCAAGUUGUUUCUUUCGAGCUUUAGAUUCACAAACCCUAACCCUUACGCUUGAAAACUUCCUGCAUAGUGCCAGUUCCAAAGAAAAUCCUGAUGUUAGAAUUAAAUGAUUUACCCCCUUGUUGCAUUAACCUCUGCUGUAAUGAAAGUUUUUGAAAAGCUUGUACCCAAACGCUUUCUAGUCCUGGUUCAGAACGCAUUAGGACUACAACAGUUUGCCUAUAGAACUAAAUGUAGUGUAGUGUUUCAUGUCUUAAAUAGAAUUUACCCACAUCUGGAGAACCCAAACACCUGUAUUUGUCUAAUGUUCUUUUACUUUUCCAAUGCUUUCAAUACAGUGCAAUGUCAUUUGCUUGUUCAAAAACUAAUUUGGAUGAAUGUUGAUACCAGAACUUCUCCAUGGAUCUUAGACUAUCUGACCAACAGACCUCAGUUUAGAAGAAUUUCUAGAGAUGUCAUUUCUGAUACUCUGUACAGUGUACACCAAUACUGAUGCUCCACAAGGGACUGUACUGUCUCCUUUUAUGUUUGCCCUGUACUCAGGAACAAAAACUGCCCUGUAAUUAAAUUUGCAAACGACACCGGACUUGCAGGACUGAUUUCCAAUGAUGAGGACUCCUACUACAGACAGGAGAUUGAACAUUUUCUACAUGGUGUGAUGACAGUUAUUUCGGGUUAAACGUUCAGAAAACAAAAGAAAUUAUUGUAGAUUUCAGGAAAGAUGGCUGAUUUUGAUGACAUACUCAUUACUCUGUACUUGAAAAGGUGAGCAAGAUAAAAUGCCACCUUCCAAAUGAAAGAUGUUUUUGAAAAAAAAAUUAAUGCAUAAAAAUAAUCUAGAUAAUGUGUGCUGUUUUCAUGCAGUAGUUAAUUGUAAAGAAACAUUAACUUGUAGAACACGUUCACUGGCAAAUACCUCACUUGUGGCAAAUGUAUCACUUUUUGCCACAUCAUUGUUGGUUAGCAGUUUUACUAGUUUUAGAAUUGUAACAGUGAAAUCUAAAUCAAAUGUUCUUGAAGAAAAAACUAUUCAUCUGUAUAGAACUUGAAUCCUGGGUAUGUGUUUAAAAAUUUUAUUAUUGUCUUAAAAAGUGUAACAGUUUUUCUUGUGUUUACAGGUUUUUGCAUGCUGACAAACUGUAUUAGUAGAUGGAAUCAAAUCAACCUGAUCUAUGUAAAUAGCUAUUGACACUUCGCAUGUUUGCAAAUUUGAAGUUUUUGUGAUUUAAAGUAGUCUAUUUUUAUCAGAGGAUGCUACAUUUUGUUUCUUUUUUGACUAAGUUGUGCAGAGUCUAAAGUUAUUUGCUUAUGGUUUUCUUUGCUAUGUACUUCAGAACUGAAAUGUAAUGGCAGCUACAGGUAACAUCCUCAAACACAAUCGUAAGACAUGACAAUAUUUUUCAUUUCCUUGAAUAUUUACACAUCAAAGAUUUUGUUGUUUCCAUAUUUGCAUCUUAUCUAUAGGAUUUGACUUUAAAAAAAUGUUUUUCCUGAACAAAGUUGCAGGUGUUCUACAACUUAAGCAUGCCUACACUGUGAUGUAUUUUUCUGUGUUGUAAUCAGGCAUCCACUUAGCGGUAAAAACGUCUCAUUGCAUCUGUAAUACGCACACAUUCUGCAUGUGGCACCUGUUUACAGGACUAUAGCUUGCUGUUAUGUAGUCUUAGUUAUUGAUAGCAAACUCUUUCUUCAUCCUCUCCUAUUUAUGGCGAGAAACACCGGAUGGUGUCCUAUAAAAUACCUGUAGUCUAUUGAUGUAUUGUCAACCUUGAUGAAGAUAUUGAGAGUUUGAUACUAAUUGGAAUAUGAGCUGUUCCACAUUUUGACCAACAUGCAAGUGUACAUAGAAAGUGUCAGAUGUAUUUGGAACAUGAUCAAGAAAUUUUUUUUUUGUCAGACGAUGUUUCUGCAACAAAUGAAUUUGAAUUACCCUUUUGGUAAGUGACAUAAAAAAGUGUGUUGCCAUGCUUUGGUAAAAAGUCCAGUGUACAGUCAAAAAAUGGUAUGAUGAUAUGCUAUAAAAUGAGACUGAGGCUGUGUUUUCUUGGACCUUGCAAGUUUAUCAACUUCUCAAAAUUUCUUUGCACAAAACAACCCUGGUGUCUUGGGUAGUAGAGCUUCAAGAAUUCAGUCUGGUUUAUUUAUGUAGGUUUCAACAAUAUUUUGGCCUAUAGGUCGUGAAAAGUAAAACCACAACAGCUUGUACACAACUAGUAAACUGAUUAAAUAAUUGCAAAUAGUUAAGACCAAAGUCCAUAAUAAAGUAAAUAAACAUGUUUUGAACAAA